AGCUCACUCCGUGAUUCCGUAGUCUCAGUCCGCCGCCGCUAUCCCAUCUGUGCGCGUCACGUCACUUGCUCCCCUGAACAGUGACGAGUUCAAGUACAAAGUGAAUCCUGAGGAUUGACUCAGUGUAUUUCUUAUUUCAAAUCACAUAGUUUUUAAAACGGAAUUAUUUUUCAUAAUUAUCCUUAUUCUAAUAACUCAUACUUAAAAUUUUAAUAUUGUCAUAAAUUUUAGUUGUUGCACUACAAUAUCACUCCUUUUGAAAUAAAAAAAUUAAGUGAAGUGAUAGAAUUUAGAUCAUGAACUAAGAGUAAUUGUAAAAUGGAAGUGGAUCUAGACGCUAACAACAACUCUACUGACAAGAAAGGGUACUCUUUGAGGCCGAGGUGUGCCAUAAAACCAGCUGAUGCUGACGACAUCCCAGAGGACGCCAGGAAACCACGAGGGAGAGUCCAGAGGCCCUCCAAGUCGAAGUCACUACCCCUCAGCAAGUACCGCAGGAAAACCGCGAAUGCGCGUGAAAGGUCUAGAAUGAGAGAGAUAAACGAAGCUUUUGAAACUCUUCGAAAAUCAAUUCCCCUUAUCAGCACAAAGUGUGAUAAUCCAAGCGAGAAAAAUACCAAGAUAUCGACUUUGCGCUUGGCAAUGAAAUACAUCACCGUUCUCAGCAACGCUUUGAGAGAUUCUGACGGGGAGUCCGACAAAGAUUCUAUUUUGAGUGAGUACACACUUACGCCUCCAGACUUCCGAGAUUCUUACACCCCCACAUCUACUAGUGACAACUCAGACUUUUCAGAAUCAUUCCUUGUGACAAACCUUCCUCGUGAAUCACCUGCACAUUGUGUUUCGCCUUUUUCGAGCAGUUCCUCUUUCAAUUUGUCAGACGAUUCAUCCAGAAAGAAAACUUCUGCGUGGAAUAUUUCCUUGGAAAAAAGUGACUACACAGCUUCUACAUGUGAUGGCAUCAGUGAUAGUGAAAAGAACAACCUACAAAUUGUUACUGGAAGCUAUACUACGUCUACAGCGAAUCCUCCCCCUUAUCAGAUCUCCAGCAGGUCAGCACUGGAGGAUCUCGAGGUUCUAGAUCCUUCGCCAUCCUACACAUCCCAACUGACGCCACUGGUGCAAGAUUCCAGGUUCGCUGGUCUUACCCCAAUAAGCCUCCAGCUCCAGUCAAUUCCAGUGUUAGAAGACUGGGACGAUCUUAACUUUUCAAAAGUUGAUUUCGACGAGUUCCUUAGUACUUAAGUGUUCCAACAGUGACUUGUGAGUUGUUUGUUCUCAUGGAUUACACAAAAAUGUGAGUCUAUAGUGUUAUUCUUCUUACGCAUUAAACUUUAGAAAAAGAUUACAUUGUUUCAAUGUUCGAAAAUGAAAUUCAAAUUAAAAGUUUAGGCAGACUUGUAAUUGUUACAGUUUUCUUAUUGUACAGUUUCAUUGUUUUGAAUCAUUUCACUAAUUCUUAUACAAAAAGUUACAUGAUUUAAAAAUAAUUAUAUUCUCUAGAGUUAUUUAAAAUUUACAAAAUUUCAUUAUCUACAAUCCUACAUCCUAUUAUACAUUAUUGAAAUUCUUACACAGAAAGUAAUUAAUUAAAAUAAGAUAAUUUAAAUAAGCGUAUUCUUUCAUAUAAUUUAAUUAGAUUUUUUAUCUACUUUAACACUUAUUUUUUGUGAUAUUGUGUAUGUUUAAAAAUAUUCGGAUUUAAAACCAAUCAUGCAGGAAAAGUGUUUAUAUAUACACAUACCAUAAAGAUUGCAUGGGAUUAAUCAAAUAUUCUAAUUGUCAAAUUUAAAUCUACAUUAAAAUUUAAAAUUCAAAAAUUACUAAAGAGGGUAAAUUUUAUGUGUAUCGCUUAGAGACAUAGUUUUAUCCAAACUCAAACAUAUUUUAAAUAAGUGUCAUAAAUAAUUAAAUAAUUAGUUGUUUUAUUGUCCUCUGCACUUACAAAAGGCAAAGAGAGCUAUAUAGAUUUUCUGAUAACAUGUAUAUGAGUUAGAAAUGAAUGGUAUUUAUAAAUUAUGUUUAAAAUCAAAGCAAGGUAAUGUCUCAAUAUAUUUUUAUGUGCAUUUACUCCCCUAUCAUGGUUAUUAUUUUAAUUAAUUAUAACGACCACGGAUAAAAUUAUCAGUAAAUAGUGUACUGUAAGAGAAAAUCUUUUUUAAUCAAUGGGCAUUUAAUUUAGGGAAUAUAUCUUAUAUUAUAACUUAAUUGUUAUUCAAACCUGUUUAAGAAAAUUUAAGUUGUAAAACCACCUGUGUUUGACUUUACGAAAUUUUCUGAUCAUUUUCGCAUAGACUUUGUUUAGAAGACAGUAUUACUACAAAGAGUGUUCUUAUAAUAAUAAAUAUACUCUUUACUAUGGUUGUAAUUAUUUAUAGUAAAUAAUCAAUGUUUUUUUGUGUUUAUGUUAUAAGUUGUUAGUGUAACAAACCGAAUCAAUGCAUUUGUAUUAACAUUCCAAAUUCAAUACAAGUGUUGACUCGUAUGAUUCUUUAAUAUUUGUUGUACCUGAAUUUAAGCUUCAAUCCAUUUUAAACAAUACAAGCCUAUGUCCAUAUAUUGCAUUAUUAUACAAAGAAUAUUCGAAUAAUAAAGAUAUUUGGCCCUGCUCAUUUUAAAACACUGUGAUGUCAGUUAUUAGUAACAUUAAAUCUGUAAUACAGGGGUGUUUACAACCAACAAUAAUGUUUGUAGCAGCUUUGGAACUUAAUGUUAAAGAAUUGGUAAGAUAAAUCAAUUACUAAGCAAACUUCUUUAGCAUUUGAACAUUAAAUGCUGUAUAGUAAUGUUGAUAGAUGAAUUGUGUUACUAGAAAUAUCGUAACAACUGAAAUAGUCCACACAUUUUGUAGUUUUUAAUAUCAAUAAUAUAUUGUUUAUACUUUGUGGAAUUUGCUUCUAGACUAUCGAUAUUUACAUUUUUAUUAAAUUAUGAUAUAUUUUGUAAAUAAUAAUAAGAAGUGCUAUAUACAUAUCAAUACAACUAAGUGCCAAUAUUGAGAUAGUGCGUAAAAAUAGGUUGUGCCAUAAAAUGUAAAAAUAUUAUAUUUGUAAAUAUACCAGUUUGAAUGCAAAA